AUGGAAACAGUCAACGUCCCAGAGCUCGUGGAGCGCCUGGGAAGCGAUGAAGAUGCCGUGCGCAAAAUGGCCGUCUUCAAGCUCCAGACCAACAUCGGCGACCCAUCCUUCGCCGACCUCUUCAUCGCCGACGGAGGUCUCACCCGAUUGCGCUACCUGACACUUCAUGCCAGUGGAAAUACCCUCGCUUAUAGUUUGACCAGUUUCUCGCGCCUCUUGGAUGUCGACAAGGGCUGGGAGUGCGUGGACGAAGAGUUAGUUGAGCGCAUUGUUGAAUUGAUCGUUACCCAUCCUCUCGUCAAUAUCCUCCGUGGCGCAAUGUCUAUCCUUGUCUCAAUCGUCUCCCAGCCGUCCAGCGUGGGCUCCGCUGACCUCUCCGGCUUCCGCGCCCUGAAACCCGCGAUCGCGAUAUACCCCCAGUUUCUAGAAAUGCUCGUGACCCGACUCUCCUCCGCCGAUCAUGCCCUGUGCGCCAACGCGCUGCAAUUGAUCAAUUCCCUCAUGCGCGACUCCAUCACACACGACUCAGAGGCCGAAUGGCCGAAGUUCAUCCAGAAAUUACAGGACCUUGGCGUGAUUAGAGCCGUCUAUGUACUGAUGCAGGACCCUGCUCUCCAAGACUUGACUCAUCCGCUGAUGGAGUUUCAAUCCCUCACCAAAGUCUUGCUGCGCAAGUGGCGGGAUAUUCCGCUGGACCAAGAGAAGCCCGAACAUCGGCGUGCGCUGAAGGGGAUCCACCUGGCUAGCAACCCGGAGAAGAAUGAUCAAGGCGCGGACGACACUCGGCGCUCCAGAAAACAUCAUCCCGAGAAGUGGAGACGACUGGGCUUCGAGACCGAGAGUCCUGUUGGUGAUUUCCAAGAAGUUGGGUUCUUGGGGAUGAUGGAUCUGGCGGACUAUGUCCGUAGCCAUGGCGAUGAAUUCCAGAAACUGCUCCUGGAACACUCCACCAAGCCGGUGACUCAAAGGUGCCCUAUUGCGCGAGCCUCGUUGGCCGUGACAUCUAUUCUCUAUGAACAUUUUGAAGUCGACAAACCUGAAACGGAUGAUUCAAAAGCAUUUGUCUCCGAAUCACGCGCUGGGAUUGACAAAAUGUUCCAACCACUAUUGUUACACUGGACACGGCUACAUGUCGCCGGACUGCAGGCAUUUUUCCGCUUAUGGAAAGCAACCGCAGCCGAAGCAGAGGAUCUCGAUAAGCUGGUUGAACUUGUACGCAUUCUCAUAGAGUCCGUUGUCGGCGGUGCAGACCGGACAAAGGACGUCCAGGAAGUCGAGGAGGACUUGGCAGAUUUCGAAUAUAACCGACUGCGCGGGUUGCAGAUGGAACUUCUGGAACUUACGUACGAGGAUGCGUGGGGUCAGCAUUUGCGUCAGGUGCGCGAGGAGCUGCAUCAUGAGGCGUUGCAGUUUGUCAAAGAGCAACGGAUCCGAUGUUUGCUUCAAGGGUGCUGGUUUGCGCUGGAUCACAAGCCGGACGGCCCGAAGUCUGCAACAUACCAAUAUGCUCAGCUCUCGCAUAAUCGACGAUACUUGCAUUUCGGAUCUUUCGAUCUGAUGGGUGACCGAGCGCCGGAGUUGGAUACCCUCCCCGAGAAAAUCGACCUCUCCCUCGUCUCCUCUGUUGUUUCUAACGUCUCUACGGAGAACUCUGGCUCGACCAAACCCUCCCGCCAGCCUGCGACCAAAAUCACCAUCCAUGGCUACACUCCCUCCCCCAGUACUCAUGGCAAAAGUAACAGCCACGCCCGUUCAAACAGCAGAGCCACUCAGAAAGAGGUCAUCCUGCUCACCCUCCGUCCUUCCUCGCACAGCAUUGCAUCUGAAUGGCUGGACGGUCUGUUGAUGCUCCUCAAUCAGCAACCUAUCACGGCGGAGACUACCAAACUAAUUGAUCUGGUCAGCAACUAUGGGUUGAAAAUUCGCCUGCUCAAUGUUCGCUUUGAUGAUGCCACCUUCGCAGGGGAGGCGCCGCAAGUCCCCGCGAGGGAGGGAUUGGAUGAAGAUUAUUACUACGACGUAUUUGGGGGUGUAUAG